GCAACCGAAGCGCGGGAGGGAGAGGAUCGGAAGUGAGCGAAGGCGAAAAGGUCGAGGGGCAAAGGUGGCGCCGAGAGGAACAUGGCGGCGGCGUGGUGGGGCUGGAUGUUGCUGCACCACCUUAGCGGCUCGGCCGCGCUGAAGGGGCUCCUCGGCGGCUUCAGCCGGGGCUGAAGCGUCCGUUGCUGCCGACGCUUCGUGGCGUGUGAAGGAGGCGCGGUGCGGAGUCGAGGGGGCAGAGGCCGCCUCCACCCGCUGACGCUUCGGGGGCCGCGGUUUAGAGCCAUGGUGUCAUGUAGAGGGAUUUACUUUGUACUUGCACUAUUCUUGGGAAGUUUUUUUGGAAGCAUCUUUAUGCUUGGUCCCUUGCUGCCAUUGAUGUUUGUCUCCCCGGCAUGGUAUCGCUGGAUCACUGACCGUGUUGUAGCUACCUGGCUUACACUUCCAGUGGCCUUGCUGGAGAUGGUGUUUGGCGCUAAGGUGGUUAUAACAGGUGAUGGAUUCAUCCCUGGAGAAAGAAGUGUCAUUAUCAUGAACCACCGGACACGAAUGGAUUGGAUGUUCCUAUGGAACUGCCUGCUGAGAUAUAGCUACCUCAGACUUGAAAAGAUAUGUCUCAAAUCUAGUCUCAAAGGCAUUCCAGGAUUUGGUUGGGCCAUGCAGGUUGCUGCCUUCAUUUUCAUUCAGAGAAAAUGGGAAGAAGACAGAAAUCAUUUUGAAAAUAUGCUGGAUUACUUCUGCGACAUUCAUGAACCGCUGCAGCUUCUCUUCUUUCCUGAAGGAACUGAUCUCACAGACAACACCAAAGCCCGCAGUAAUAAUUACGCUGAAAAGAAUGGACUUCAGAAAUAUGAAUAUGUCUUGCACCCAAGAACUACAGGCUUCACUUUUAUAGUGGAACGUCUAAGAGACGGUAAUAACCUUGAUGCUAUCCAUGACAUAACAGUGGCAUAUCCUCAAAACAUUCCUCAAACUGAGAAGCAUCUUCUAUAUGGAAACUUCCCAAAGGAAAUUCAUUUCCACGUCCGCAGAUAUCCAGUGCAGGCACUGCCUGCCUCUCGGGAAGAGCUGCAACUCUGGUGUCAGAAGCGAUGGGAAGAAAAGGAAGAAAGGCUCCGUUUAUUCUAUGAAGGCAAAAAAUACUUCGAUGCCACAGGGAGAAGCAAAAUUCCACCCUGUAAAUCUGAGCUCAGGGUCAUGGCUGUCAAGUGUAUUUCAUUCUUGUACUGGACAUUUUUCACACUGGCUAUGUUUGUGCUCCUAUUCUUGUACAGCUUUGUACGGUGGUAUUUCGUAACUGUGCUUGUCAUUUUUGUUGUCCAACAAAAACUGUUUGGUGGGCUUGAAUUGAUGGAACUUGCAUGUCAUCAGUUUUUUAGUAAAAAGAAAUUACAGAACUCAAGGAAAGACUAAAUUUAUCGGACGUAUUUUGUGCGGAUGUGGUUAAGUUUGUGGAUGCUUUUGAGAUGUCCCACAGCGUUUUCAAAGUGGGAGGAGAUUUUGCAUGAGAAUCAUUAGUCUUUCUUGAUGCUGUCGUUGGCACUGUGCAGUUAUAUUGUAAAAGGAAAAAUGUAGGUCAUACGAAUUUUUAAGUUUUGAAUGUAACAUCAAUGUUUCUCUUGCUCACAGCUCGCGUCUGUUAUGUUGCUGCAAGCCAGUUUGCUGAUCAAUCAAGAUUUAUAGCCAUUGAACCUUUCAAAUGUGUAGCUCUAAACAGCUGGGCAAAUUGUUGAGCUAAAAUUAGUGGCCUGUGAUUCCUACACAGCCUUGCCAUAAAUAAAGUGAGAGCUUUGAAAGUCCCAGCUCAUUUAUUGAUUAAUAUUUGCCUCUUUCCCUUUCUCUCUUGCAGAGAUAAGAAAUGAUACAAUUGCUGCCAUUAGCAUCAGCAAAUUUUCUGGCCUAUAGAAUGAGAAAACAAAACUCAGGGCCUUAAUUUGGAUCCAUUCUAUUGUACUCCAUUUUGACAUGCCUCUUCUGUCUCCAUUGAACUCUUACAGUUAUCUACACUGUUUGAAACAAAUUUCAUUGAAAGUAAAUAUGACGGCAAAGGUGUUUAAUUUAUCUGUAUGGCUGAAUUAGUCACUGUUAUCUUCACAAAUAUUAUGUCCUCCUCAGCAUUGCACCUCAUUCACGCUGGCCAUGUCUGAGUCCUCUGAAUAGUUUGUUAUAUGUUCAGAAUAUAGGCAGCUUUGGAACUGGAUUGGCCUCCAACAUAAACCUGUUGCAAACUCUUCAUAAGAGGGAAAUAUAUUCAACACAGAGUUGAUAACAACAAAAAUCAGGCAAAAAAUGGUAUGAAUCCAACCUGAAUAAAAAAGAAACUUGACUCAGGGGAAAUUAAUUAUUUCCCCCCAUGAAAUUGAAAUUGAAAUGAACAUUAACAUUUUGCUCCCAUUGGGAUUAUAACAUACCCUAAGUAUUUUAAGGGUGUUUUCUUUAAAGGGGAAUGUUUUCAAAUCCAAAAUCAUCUCCCUUCAUAUGCCCACUUCCUAUUAGGAUCCAUUUGAGCAGAUACAUACCUCUCAGAUCCUCCACAGGCACCAAAUAUGAAGAGAUGGUACCUUGCAAAACCAAUGAGUGAAAACAUAGAAUCAGAUGUGUGCCUGAAUUUUUCACCUUCUGUCUGAAAAAUCUGGUGGGUUUUCCCCAUGAUGUGUUAGAACUAUGAUCUGAAUGUCACCUGAAAUACCUAGAGGGCAAGCAUUCUGCCAGGGGGGAACCUUAAAAGACCUUUUCUAACAAACAGACCCCUGUGGUUCCCUACUUUGUUUAGUGAGCUGAGUGUACAUAUACUCUUUGUAAUUUCUUAGUUUAUUCCUUUGUCAUCUUAUAUGGCUAAGCACUUUUCCCCACAACACUUUUUCUUGGAAUUAAGAUGAACUCUUGCACUGGCUGCAUUUGUCACCAAAUCCUUACAGCUGACAAAACAAGCCAAGAUAUUUUUCUUCCUUGCACUGAAUAUUAGUAAUAACAGAGCCAUAGGUACUUUGUGUUGAUCAUACUAAACAUCAUGCCUGGUUCCAUGUCUUUGUUCAAUCUCUGAUGCGUCUGCAAUGCAUUUUUAUAGGUUUAUUUUCUAAACAAAUUGUAUCAAAAGACACUGGGUUAUGAAAGGUCUCCAGAACAGCCCUAGUUUUCCAGUUUUACUGAAAUGUUAGAAUGUUUUAGUCAUGAACGAACAAUUUACUCUACAGCAACAAUAAAGAAUUUAAAAUCCA